AGCCGCAGGGAUGGCUCCAGCCGCCGAGUGCCGGAAUUCCCACCUCUAUUACUACAGCAUCAAAUUCGCUCUGUCCACAUACGCCACCCUCUUCUCGAUCCUUGGCCUCAUGAUCCUGUGUGUUGGGAUUUACGCCGAAGUGGAGAGGCAGAAGCACAAGACCUUGGAAGGGAUUUUCCUGGCUCCAGCCAUCAUCCUCCUCCUGUUGGGAUUCACCAUGUUUGGGGUCUCCUUCAUUGGCAUGGUGGGGAGCCUCAGGGACAACCGAACGCUGCUCAAGACGUUCUUCUGGGUUCUUCUGGCGAUCUUUCUCACGGAGCUGCUGCUGCUGUUCAUUGAAAUCAUCUUUGAAAACAAGAUGAAUGCAGUUUUCCACUCCAACAUCCAAGAGGGCAUCAGGCACUAUUAUGAUGACCUUGACUUCAAGAACAUCUUGGACUUUGUACAAGAAAAGUUUUCUUGCUGUGGUGGUGAUGAGUACAGGGACUGGGAGGUUAACCAGUACCACUCCUGCAAUAGCAGUGGGCCGCUGGCGUGUGGAGUGCCCUACACAUGCUGUAUCAGGAAGGUGCCUGGAGGAGUCAUUAACACCCUGUGUGGAUACAGGACGCUCGAUAAAGAGCGCCUGGAGCUGCUCAACAUCAUCCAUGUACGAGGCUGCAUCCACGCUGUGGGGCUCUGGCUCAAAGACAACUUUGAGGCCACUUUUGGCAUCGUUUGCUCCCUGCUGCUUCCUCAGGUGAUCGGCCUCGUGAUGGCCUGGUUGUAUUGGCAAAAGCUCAACGAGAUCUACUCCAAGCUGGAUACUGUUGACUUCAAGAUCCUGGAGAUGCGGGAUUUCAGCUUCGGGGCUGUGGAUCUGAGCGGUGCGGGCUGGUGCUGGUGCUUGCCCAAGGAAGGGGGCUACAUUCCCAUCAAUGCUGAGGAUGAGGAAGAGGAGGAGGAGGAAGGCACCAUCUGCCAAAGCAAAGUGUGAGAAGGUGGAGAACUUGGAGCACAGCUCUUAGGAAGGUGGCGGAUGUUGAACAUGGACAUCAUGUGUUUAUCUUCUCAGGUCCAGGAGACAGUAACACUGGGAUGUUAUCACAACUGCAAUGCACUGUGCAGGCACAUGAGCUCCCCAGGGUCCUUUCACUUCCUUCCCCUUUUGAAGCAUUUCUAUAUCUUCUUAUUGGGG